GGUCGUAGCAUAUUUGAACAUACAAAUACCACAGCUUUUAGGAGGAAUUAUUGAUGUUGUAUCAAAACAUUCUAAUGAAAUAGCUAUAAUAGGAUCAGGAGACAUGGCUUCUGGAAGUUUUUUCAAAGAUAUGAAAGCUCCGGCUUUGCAUCUCUUAUCAAUGUAUGGAGCACAGUCAUUCUUCACGUUUAUGUACAUUUAUCUUUUAUCCGGAAUCGGUGAAAAAUUAGCAACAAGUAUACGACAUGAUUUAUUUAAAUCGUUGUUGAAGCAGGACAUUGAAUUUUUUGAUAAGCAUAGAACUGGAGAACUGGUCAACAGAUUAACGACUGAUGUACAAGACUUCAAAUCAUCUUUCAAACAAACGAUAUCUCAGGGACUGAGAGCAAUUGCCCAAUUAAUUGGUGGUUCAACAUCACUUUAUAUUAUUUCUCCGGCAUUAUCAAGUAUAGCCUUCGUUUGCAUUCCGACAGCUGUUAUUAUUGGAAGCUAUGUGGGAUCCAUACUGAGGAAGAAAUCUAGAGAGGCUCAGGCUCAGAUGGAAAGAGCUACCGGAGUUCUAGACGAAGCAAUUUCAAACAUAAGAACUGUAAGAGCAUUCGCGAUGGAGGAUACAGAGUCGGAUUUAUUUUUAUGGGAAGCCGAAAGAGCUCAAACCUUGAACGAAGAUUUAGGAGUGGGCAUUGCCAUGUUUCAAGCUGCCACUAACCUUUUCCUCAAUGGUUUGGUGCUAGGUACUCUCUACGCAGGCGGAUCCCUUUUAGCCACCGACCAGCUCACGGCUGGUGAAUUGAUGGCAUUCCUGGUUGCCUCUCAGAACGUCCAAAAAUCGUUGGCCCAGGGUUCUAUGCUGUUGGGUUCCGUGGUCCGAGGAAUGAGUGCCGGUGCCCGAGUUAUGGAGUACAUCGGCAUCGAGCCAAAAGUUCCACUGAAAGGCGGGAUGGAGAUUCCACCAAAUGAAUUCAAUGGAAAUAUUAAAUUUUGUAGGGUAUCAUUCGCAUAUCCUACAAGACCAGGAAAUACUGUUCUCAAAGAUUUUAGUUUAGACAUUCCUGCCGGAAAGACAGUUGCACUUGUUGGAGUUUCUGGAAGUGGAAAAUCAACGGUCGCCAAUCUCAUAGAACGAUUUUACGAGCCUAAAACUGGUUCAAUAUCUAUCGAUGGAUAUGAUUUGAAAGAAUUAUGUCCAACAUGGCUUCGUGGAACCAGCGUCGGAUUGAUAGAACAAAAUCCAACUCUAUUCGCUACCACAGUGAUGGAAAAUAUACGAUAUGGAAAACCUACUGCUUCGGAUGAACAAGUAAUCGAAGCAGCUAUGCAAGCGAAUGCCCAUGAAUUCAUAUUAGGAUUCACGAAUGGUUACCGAACCUUAGUCGGCGAAAGAGGAGCUGCUCUGUCUGGUGGCCAAAAACAAAGGAUCGCCAUUGCUAGGGCUCUGCUAAAGAAUCCUAAAAUAUUAGUGUUGGACGAAGCCACAAGUGCCCUAGAUACCCAAAGUGAAGCCCUUGUGCAGAGAGCCCUUGACAAUGCCACCAAAGGCAGAACUGUUGUAGUUAUAGCUCAUCGUUUAUCAACUAUCAGAAAUGCCGACAUCAUAGUGGUCAUGAAACAUGGAAAAAUCGUAGAGGUAGGAUGGGAUGUGAAGUAA